AUGAGAAUAAAAUCUCGAAAAACUCAAAUCGAUGUUGAUGAUCUUGUUCAAUCAAUUCAAGAAUGUCCAAAAGGUAAAAAAAUAAAAAUUCAACGACAUAAACGUAAAGCUCUAUCGAAUUCAAUACGUUCCUCAUCGUUAAAAAUAAAUCAACAUACAUCAAUACAUUUCAUAAACAUUGGAGUAGCAAAUCGAAUUUUAUCUAUUGAUAAAUCAUCGAAAACAGUAACAUGUGAACCUGAUGUAACAAUAGAAGAAUUAGUAGAUGAACUACUUCCAUAUAAUCUUCUACCAACUGUUAUUCCAGAAUUUAAAUGUUUAACAAUUGGUGGAAUAUUAGCUGGAGCAGGUCUUGAAAGUUCAAGUUUUCAUUAUGGACAAUUUUCUGAUUCAUUAAUUGAAGCAACAUAUAUUUUAAGUAAUGGUCAAAUAAUAACGUGUAGUCCAACAAAAGAUUCUGAUCUCUUCUAUGGUGCAUUAGGUUCAUGUGGAACAUUUGGAUUAUUAAUUCGUGCUAAACUACAUGUAUUAGAAAUUCCAUCGAAUUGUUUUGUCCGAUGUAAUUAUCAUAUUACGAAUCAACCUAUUGAAAAAUUUCCAUCAUUUAUUAAUCAAGAAGAUUAUAUAGAUGCAAUUGUUUUUUUAAAGUCUACUGUUAUUAUUACAGGACAAAGAAUUGAUGAAGUAUCUAUACCGAAAAAUGAACGAAUACAAAGGUUUUCUCGAGCUUGGGAUCCUUGGUAUUAUCAACAUGUAAAACAAAUUUGUAAUAAAAAUGUUAUAUGUGAAUAUAUUCCAUUGAAAGAUUAUUUAUUUCGAUAUGAUCGUGGAGCAUUUUGGAUGGGUCGUUAUCCUAUUAAUCCAUUACAAGAUAAAGUUUAUUAUUUUCCAGCAUUUACUCGAAAUUUUAUAAAUCUUUUUCCACUUGGUGGAUAUAAUAUUAUUAGUCGAACUAUUCUUUCACCACUUUUUACAACAGCUUCACUCUAUCGACGUCUUCAUAGUUCAUCAACUAAAAUGAUUUCCGAUACAUUACUUAUUCAAGAUAUUUAUAUUCCAAUAUCGAAAUCAAAAGAAUUUCUAUCAUUUCUACAAUCAGGACAAUUAUUUACGAAUGAUGAUGAAAUAUUAGAACCUAUUUGGCUUUGUCCAAUUCGUUCAAAUUCAACUCCACAAAAAAUGAGUCCACAUUAUGUGGAAACUAAGGCAAAUGAUCAGGAUGAUUUAUUUAUUAAUUUUGGUAUGUGGACUCAUCAACGAAGAUGGCAAUUAGGAUCUUCUGGUGGUAAAAAUGCAACAAAAAUAUUAGAAAGAGAAACUAAAAAAUUAGGUGGAAGAAAAAUGUUAUAUUCACAGAGUUUUUAUUCAAGAGAAGAAUGGUCGACAAUUUAUGAUAUGCAAUGGUAUAAACAAAUGAAAAAUAAAUGGGAUCCAGAUUACAUUUGGGGAGAUUUAUAUGAUAAAAUUGUUCAACAUUAG